CGCCCUAUAGCUUUGGAUAACCGAAAAUACUAGCACCAAGGCCAGGACGAGGCCGAAUGGACCUCCUUUUUUACUUACGACAUUUGUUCUAUUAAGUGGGUGGUACCAUGGUGGGGUUUGACUACUAUGACAGGGGGGUCUGAUGUAUCGGUUUAUAUUUCUUUGUUGGGGCUAUCUUGUCCCAUUUAUAUUUUCCCUUACCGAGUCAUGCGUCAAUAUGGUUUAAGGCAGACUAUCCCCUUUUCUGAUACGGUACCACCUAAGGUAGCGACCUUUGCACAAACACGGGUCUUAGCGUGGGCUAGGUAUUAUAAUGGUCUCCCGCGUUGGGCUGUAGCUACAAAUGGGUUUGUGGGUCUUUCUGAAAACUAUAAGUUGUGGAUGAGUUCCGAUGACAAGGAUGUGAGGACCGAGGCUCGUAAUGGGGAGCCCGCCGAGCUUUUGAUACCUCGUAUUCGUGUUAAGUAUGAGGGUCCUGAUUCUGCCAGACCUCGUACCUAUAGUUUUAAGACUGUGAAAGCUCGUCCUGAUCGAAAGCGAAAGGAAGUUCUUCCCCGUUCCAGUGUCAGGCCUAAAAAGGUGCCUAACAUGAAGGGGUCUGCUGUUGUUAAAAGAAAUGCAAGCUCUCGCAGAGAUCAUCGCCGGAACAAUGUAUGGGUUAGGAAGGCUCCGCCGCCUGUAGAAACAGUGGCUAGCCCGAUUGAUGGUAGUAAUCCUUCUCCCACCACUGUUUGUGCCCUUGAGGCUGAGCGGGCUAUAACUGAAAAUGUUUCUAAAGCUUUGGCAUCUUUGGAAGUUAGUGUCCAAGAGCCGGUUCUUAUGGAGAUUGAUAUUGGGGCAGCGCAGAAGACUAUGGGGAUGGAUCCUGCGAACAUUGCUCUCUUCAAGACUUUGUUUGACGAUUUGGAAGAACUAGAGUAGUGUAGUUCUUUGCUAGGGUGUAGGUGCCCUCUAUUUAUUUCAGUUGUGUUUGUUUUUUAUUCUAGCACUUUGUUUUCCUUCUUAUUAUAUUUUAAUAAAGGCAUAUUUUUAGUUUCCAUUCAAUUUUGUUUAUAUGUCUAACACUUUUUACACAAAGAAUAUAAUUUUGUUAUUAUUAUUUGGACCGAAUCCUUGGUAAGGAUUGCCUACGUAUCUUGUCAGAAUCAGGUCGCGCGUAGUUCUUAGCUUUAGAAUAAGUUCUAGUAUGCCGGAUUUCGGUAGAUAUGUCCUGAAGUGGAAACAUAUUACUUAAUCGGCCAAAUGAGUGAAGUAUUUGCCAUUAUUUUCAUCUGCCGUUUUCCAUAGGUUGCGUAAAAUUCGACCAAUUUGUUGGUAAACCUAUUUGGAUACGCACUGUACCCCCCAAGUGUUCGUUAUUUUUCCGUUGCGUGCGGAUAAAAUGACGAGCACUUUCGAAAAAAGGAAAACUUUGGCAGGCAAAGAGUUUCAACGCCCAGGCUGGGGCGUCAGAAAUUUCGGCGCCCAGCCCUGGGCGCUGAAAAUAACUUGGGCGGUCAAUUUUGACGUUUUGCUUCACAUGUUCUUGCGUUUAUUUCUAUUUCGUUUUUUUUUUUUUUUUGCCUUGAUAUUUUGCUUCAUAGUUAAAGUUAAUUUUGAGGCUGUUUUGGAGGUUUUUUGAUUGUUAGCGUGAAACGCAUUUUUGUCCGGAUUAAUUUUUUCUAUUGGUGACUCAAAAAAGUUUUGAAAAUGGAGUUAGGGUGCGGAACUUAUGAAGAUCUUUGUGGAGGGUAUGAUGGAAUCUUAUGUGAAAGCUGUCGGUGGGUUCUACGUUUUAUGAAUUUUUUUUUGGUAACAUUUGCAUUUGUUUUAAAUUUUGGAUUUCUUUUUGAUUUUGGGUUGCAUGGAUUGGCUCUUAUGAUGACAUUGGUUGGCUUUUUGGGUUUUGAGGAUGGGAUAGUGUGGUUUAUUUUGUGGGUUUCAGGAACUGGUUCACAUGCCAUUAUUUCAAAACCGAGUGGGCUUUGUUUGUUGGGCCUAUAGUGGGCCACUUCUUUAUUUUUUUAUUUUGCAAGUACAUUUGGUGUUUAUUUAGUGUUAGAAUAAAAUUUUUAGGAGAAAUAUUACGCCUUUAUUAAUUUGGAAAGUGAGGAAAACACACUGAAAUAAAACUGACCCAUAUUCUAAAGGGCCUUAGGACCAUCUAAAGUCUCUAUUAUUUUUUUCUAUCAAUCUAAAGAACUACUAGGCGCUUUUUACUAAUGGUGCCCUAUGUGGCUCAAGCCUGGGGUUUAGUCUCAUAAAACUUUGGUCCUUCACCGGUACUCAUCUUGAAUUCCAUUCCUUUUGCGUUGACCCACUGAUAUAUCUUCACCCAUCCGUUCCCGACCUCUUCUAGUGUUGAUGCAGGAGAGAUUAACCGGGUUGGAUCAAAACCUUCAUCUUGUAAAGCUAGGGUAGUUAUCACAGUCUCGUUCUCCAUAGGCCUCGAUUCGUUAAACAAUGUCCAUAGAGCCUGGUUGUCCAAUAUUUCAGCUGUUUUAGUCUUGGUGAGGUGGGGUGCCUCAUCCAAGGUGUGGCAGUCAUGGAAAAUUUCAAAUCCGGGUUUUAGCAGGCCAUCCUGAACGAAGGGUUCAGGGAAAUCACAGCAUGGGUGUUCUUCUCCUUCCCGAACAAACAUCCCGUUAAGGGGCGUAGCCUAGAUAGGCGGUCAGCAAUAUCUUCCUCCGUUGGUUCAUAACCUAAGCCAAAGGGAGUAGAUUUGUCGGGAAAAGGAUGGAAUGUGCAUUCCUUCUUCCUUAUGCCCAAUGGAGUUCCUGGGAAAUAACCUUGAGCCAACAGCAUUCUAGGGAUGACUCGGGAUGCAUGCGGGUCUAGGAAUGCUGGAUCAUAAUCUUCGAUGAACUGGAUUGUUUCUUCCAUUUGAAACCCAUAAAGGUCAUCUGCAGUUUCGGCCGUUCCAACCAUAGUACAACUGACAUCGAGAGGAGGGGCGCGGAUUUCUAGUAUUACCCCGUUAUGAUUAAGUUUAACCAUUUGGUGCAAGGUUGAAGCCACACCUCCUAAGUCAUGGAGCCAAGGUCGCCCCAAGAGGAGGUUGAAAUUGGGCUUGAUGUCGAUUAUUUGAAACUCCGUGGUGCGUGCCACAGGCCUAGUUUGUAUGGUAAGGUUGAUUUUUCCCAACACAGGCCUUCGGGAGUUAUCAUAAGCUCGUACCCCUUGUGAGGAGGUUUGGAAGUCAUCGCUUCCUAGCCCCAAGCAAUGGGCGGUUCGCAAUGGGCAGACAUUAACCGCCGAACCAUUAUCUACGAGCGCUAGGGGGAUGUUUUGUCCUUUGCAUCCAACCACUAAGUAAAGGGCUUUUGUAAUACCCCGAAUAUUUAAAACAUGAUUAAUUAUGCUAAAUUAUUUUUAUUUUAGCUUAAAACCGUUUUAAAUCCUAAUUUCAAAUUACGAUUUUAAUUAACGAAGUUUUAUGUCGCUUGAAUUUUAAUAUUGUUGCAAGAUUUAUUUUUACUUUUUUUAGAAAUUUAAUAUUUACGAGCUUAAGCUACCUCUUUGAAUCUUAAUUAUUCCGUAAGUUAUAAAGGAUUUUAAUAAUUUUGAACGUUCCUAUGUUAUUUGGAAACUAAAUUUUUUUUUUUAUGUUAAUGAUAUUUUAUAAAGAAUUACUUCAAAAUCUGGUUUUAAUUAAACAUUUCUACUUAUAUAAAUUCCUAAAUAUAGCAAAUGAAUUUCUGAAUUUUACCAAACCUUAUAAAAUAAUCCAAAAUGCUAUAAAGUCCAAAAAAAAAAAAAAAAAAAAAAAAGAAGACACUCAGCCCCUAGCUUCCUCCCCCUUCUCCCACGUGUAUGUGUAGAACAAGGGUCAAAAUAUACUUGUUUCUUUGACUCCUCUUUACCCCAAAUUCAGUCCAAGUUCAUUUUCGUGCCCCCCAAGUACCUCUCCUUCUUCCUUACUCUACUUUCACGGUGAGGUCAUGGGUGAUGCCCAUUGAGUUCCAAUUACCUUAUAAAUAAAGGAGAAAUCUGCUCUCCAUUUGCACAACAAUCAAUUUCCAAAGAAAAGCUGAAUUUAUACAGAGUACUCCACAUAACCACUCGCCUCCCUUCCUCUGUUCUCACGCACAACCACCAUCACCACCGCGGCUCUGCCGCCGGCCAACCUGAUGCCACCACCCUUAAAAUUCCGUUCUCCACCCCCAGAAUAUGCUCAUUCACUACUGACAAAUAUCAAGCUCGAAUCGUAGUUCAGUUGCCGAAACCGAACAUUAACUCACGCACAACCUAUUUUCUCUCUCUCCAUUGACGCGGACCACCACCGCCGGAAACCACCAUCAGCACCAUCCCCUCCGACGUUCUUCUGCCGUCGCGCCACCUAAAAACACCAACCACCUGAGCCCCUCCUUGUGCCGCCAUUGCCUCUCGGACCUUCCUCCUUCCGUGCUUCAGUUCUGUUCUACCAAAGAGUUAAUGGAUUUUGAAAUCAAUUUCCCAAAUUGAAGUGUUGUCAGCACCUUUAUUUCUAAAUAAAGUCAACCUACUUUACCUUUAUGACUUUUGUAUAAAAUAGUUCUCGGAGCUCAGGAAGAACGAUCCAUCGAACGGGACGUAUAAACUACGGUUGAGGUACGAAGAAGAUCAUGGGAUGCCUUAGAGUGAGGAUGCAACCAUCAAAGUCACGAUCGAUGUUUAAUAAAGAUAACUAUGUCAUUAGUAAUAAAGGGAUGUAUUAAUUAAACUCUAAGUUUGAUUUCACGAUUUGAGUUAGAUUUUCAAAUUAAUGUUGAAACAUGUUAGAAAUAUUUAUUAAGGUUUACUUAGAUUUUAAUGUAAUUUUUAAAGAAUUAAUCGAAGUGAAGUAUAAUUACUGUUACUCAA